UGUCCCCGCAGGGCCCAGCUGCCGUGCGGGGGGAGCACGCGGGGCCCCCUGCCCCUGGGCUCCGUGUUCCAGUUGAUAGAACCAUCAGAGGAAGUUAUUUGCGCAGAGUGUUGCUUUCCCGGCUCUGGUCUGUGAAACCGUGGGUAAAGAAGGUGCACAGUUUGGCUUCCUGUGUCUCUGAUGGGCUGUUCCUCUCAGCAGGCGUUUGAGUUGGAAAAUGGGGCGUCGCUCCUCGGACACAGAAGAGGAGCCCAGAAGCAGGAGGAAGAAGAAGCACCGCAGGCGCUCGUCCUCCAGCAGCUCCUCAGGCAGCAGAACCUACAGCCGGAAGAAGUCGGGGAGGAAAUCAAGGUCAAGGUCCCGCUCCCGGGAUCUCCAGUCUCGCUCACAUUCUUAUGAGAAAAGACGCAGACACAGGUCCAGCAGCAGCUCUUCAUAUGGCUCCAGAAGGAAACGCAGUCGUAGCCGGUCAAGGGGCAGAGGCAAAUCCUACAGGUCUCAGAGAUCAAGAUCAAAAAGCAGAACAAGAAGAUCCCGGUCGAGACCUCGACAACGUUCCUAUAGUGGAAGCAGUGAGAGAUCCAGCCAGAGGAGAACACACAGUGGGUCUCGGGAGAGGGAGCGGCGGAAAGGCAGAGAGAAGGACAAGGGGAAGGAGAAGGGCAAAGGGAAGGAGAAGGAGAUGCAUGGCACGAAGCAUGGGGACUCUGCAAACAUCAAAGCUGGAUUAGAGCAUCUGACUCCUGCUGAACAGGCCAAAGCUAGAUUGCAGCUGGUUCUGGAGGCAGCUGCUAAAGCAGAUGAGGCAUUAAAGGCUAAAGAGAGAAGUGAGGAGGAAGCAAAGAAAAGAAAGGAAGAAGACCAACCCACCCUGGUAGAGCAAGUGAAACGAGUAAAGGAAAUUGAAGCUAUUGAAAGUGACUCCUUUGUUCCACAGACAUUCAGAUCAAGUAAAGAAGUCAAAAAGUCCACAGAGCCUGCUGAACCACAGUAUGAGCCUGUAACCACUGGAGCAGGAGCUGCUGAUGCAUCUGCUCCCGAAAAAGAAGCCCCAGCUGCCAACAUCCCCACUGCCAUCAAAUACCAAGAUGAUAAUUCUUUAGCACAUCCCAAUCUGUUUAUUGAGAAGGCAGAGGCAGAAGAGAAGUGGUUUCAGAGGCUGAUGGCCCUUCGGCAGGAGAGGCUGAUGGGCAGCCCGGUGGCCUGAGCGGACGGCAGGAACCAUCACACACCAGCUCUCCAUGAAUGCUAAGGAAUCCUACCAUGAAAUUGUUCUGGUUUUCUCUUUUGAGGGGAUUUUAAUACUCGGUCUGAGUUGUACAGGGAAUAAAUAUUUCAUCCAAAUAAACAAGAAUGUUCUGUCCUCCGUUUCGCUCCCCAGCUCAUUGUGGUGUUCUGCUGCAGACGGGAAGGCUGGCAGAGCAGGGUAAUUUUCUUUUUUGUGCUGAAUUCCUCUGGGGUGCAAAGAAUCUGACAGCAGGAGACAUAAUUUUAUACCUCCCAAUAAAAAUAAAUAAAUAAAUAAAACCAUGUAGCAGCUUAAAGGUAAAUGAAAAAGUAAGACUGUCAAAAAAAGCUUAUCUUUACUAGUGCUCAGACCAUAGGAGUCCAAAUGAUACCACCCUGGGCCAGGACAUCUGCAGCUGCAGGAGGAUUCAGGGCAAAGAUAUCACUAUUAUCUAUCUCUCCUUCCUUCUGCUCUGUGUUACAGGAGCAGCUUUUGAACCCCAGACAUAUGGGGAGAGUCUCCUUGCUGAGGGGCUCUUCUCACCUGAUGCAUUCACCUGCCUGCUCCAGCCUUAGCCUGGUUCCUCCCUUCUGCUGGGCCUGAGUGGAAAGAGAUGUUGGACGUUGCCUUCAACAUCUGGUGUUAGCAUCCAGGAGUAAGUGUCAGGAAGAAGUUAUCUUCUCCUUUCAAACACGUUUCUAAAGUUUUCAGCAGGUUUCAAUAAAUACUAGUUUCUGAGCCAUUUUAAGCACAUCAAAAUGUUUGCUAUCCUGGAGGAGGCAGCUUUUCUGUGAACCCUUCAUGGGAAAUAAGACUUCCAGUCUAUGAAGCCUCCCUUUGUCCAGGUGUAUGAAAUUUAGCCCAGGUAUACAAAAAAAUAAAUCUGCCCAUCAUCCCACUAAAUGCCAGAGAGAUCAACCAAAUAAAAUACAAAAGUGUUUUGUCUGAGGUAUCUAGCAAAGCUGUGAGAAAACUAUUCAAGAAGUAGAAGACUCAGCUAAGCCCCCACCUCUGGACAUACCUCGUUGGAAAUUACCUGCUUCAGCUUUUCCACCUGAGAGAACAAAUUGGUUUAGUGUUAUUUUUCCUUGUUCUUAGUGAAAAAAAAAAUGAUGCUGGCAAUGUGCUUUGGUUGUCUUCUUUUUUUUAGAUCUCUGCUGUAAAAGGAAAAAUGAAAUUUGCCUUCUCACACAUUUUUACUUUCUCUUUACGAGUGGAGUUAGUUUUCCUUGGUCCUGCAUUGCAAUGGCAAUCUGUGUUUCAGGGCUUCCUUGGCAGCAACAAAAAGUGGGAAAAAACCCCUCUUGAUGCAUUUUUUAAAAUGGUAAAUAUUUGUUGUUGUUCUGUCUUCUCAUCUCCUUCUGUGUUUCUUUCCUAGUAAAUAAAAAACAUUGUGUAAGGUA